AUGAGCCAACUACCUAGAGCUGGCAUUGCGCCAAUCCGAAGAUCCGCAACUUUACCAUCAAAGUUCAUUUCAGAAAGACGGCAGUUCAACGAAACACCUGCUAAUCGUGACGAAUUUAAUCCCGUGCUCUUUUUCCACUCGUCCGCCAAAAUCGUCAAAUUCGCUCCCGAUGCGCCCCCUACAGCAUCACAAUCCGCACCAUCCAUCGAUUGUGACUAUCCAGUAGACACGAUCGAAACCUUGCCCUGGCGGUCGCCCACGGAAAGAACAGUUGCUGUCGGUCGUCUAAGGCUAGAAAUUCCAACUGGUCUAUCUCCCUUUCUCAAGUGUGGAAACGUCGUGCAGGCAAUACUGAAAAACUCUCAAUGUUGGUGUGUGGACGGCAAAUCGACCUUUGUGCUGCGUAUCCGGUCUUUGACUUAUUACCGCAUCGAGCUCCCAAACCAGACACCGGAAGAUGCGGACCUAAUCGAGAAUUUCAAAAGCGCUUUGGCUAAAGUUCUUCGCUAUGAAGUGACACCCUGUCCUUUUCAGCGCGGUUUUAGUGUACCACUGCCUGCGGAAGCUCAUAUACCGAAGAAGAAAAGAGCUUGGCGGCCCAAAUAUCGGCGAGAAAGCGCUCCGGCUGGAUCGGAGCUGGGUAAAUCAUGGCCAAAUGCUGUGAAUGAUGUGGACACAGUUCGACAGACCGAUGGUUUGGAUGCAUACGAUGGCGAGACUACGGACGAUAGCUCUUCCACAACUAUAACGGGUGUACCACAAUUUGAUUCUAGCCUGUCUGAUGAUUUUUCCAACAAUAGUGCGCCCGACGCGACAGAAGACCAAUUGAUCUGUUCGAAGAGAUCGGUCACGGAGCCAGCACGUUCAGUACACGACAUACUCGCUAGAUUUCAGCCGAUACCUGAAUCAGACAGCGAGGACGAUAGCAUAUCAUUCCAUUCUCUCAUGACGCAGGAGCCACAAGCCCCCCCCUCGCCAUCAUAUUCAAGUCAUCCAGCAUCGCCGUUAGAUGAACAAUCACCGGACCUUUCACUCCCACAUCAGCGUUUGCACAACCACAACAGAGGUACUUCGACAGCCACUAUAACACCCGAAUCAAUUUCUCCGGCGCAGCUUACUCCUAAUAUCAACCUAAAUCAGUCACCGUCUCCUCCACGGGAACCGAACGAACGUCAACUGAGUACUAAUACCAUUACUUCAUCUUCCUCUUCUAAACCCAAAUUGCCUGAUGUCACUGCUACUCUAGCGACUGGAGUGGAACCCUCAUGUGAUAGUCCAAGAACUCUAGUUAGAAGGGAAAAUAUUCUAAUGGAAUUGCGCCGAACUAGAUCCUUCAGAAAUCGGGAUCUCUCGCCUUUACCCCCAGCUUCCACUUUGGAGUAUCUAUCACCUCGGCCAUCAAAAACCCAGUUCGUGACUGAUGACGGCGCGCAACGAGUUGCAUCGGAUGCUACUCCAGAAACGAAGGAACGUGAUGAAGAUGAGGACAGUUUCCGGUUGCCCGACACAACCCCUGGCGCAUUCCGGCAUUCCUUACAUCUGGGAGACCCUACCAACCAUUUGUCUGAUUUAGAGUGA